UGGCCAUGGGCCCUCUGAGCCGGGAAGCCUGGGCCCAGCGCCUGGGCGCCUUUCGGGCCGGCCCGUCUGCUUUCAUGGCAGGUCCCGAGGGCGAGAGUUUGGGACGCGACCUGCUGAGUGACCUGCGGAGUGAGAAACUGAGCGAACAGACUAAGGUUUCCUUGCUGGCCCUGAGCAUGGAGUUCCCAGACCAGCUGUGGCCGGAUGCUGCAGAGGCAGAAGCGGCUGCCACCUCCCUGCUGGACACCCUGCGCCUCUUAGCCCCACGGCCUUCGGUUCUCCGGCGGCCCCUGCUGCUGGCAGCCACCGCGGCCCUGGUGGCAGGAGGUGCGCUCGGCCCCACCUCUGGAGCCUCUGGGCGCCUGCUGCCCCUGUUGCUGGACCUGGCCGCUGGUCGGGAUGGCGAUGGGGUUUUUGGCCCAGCCGCCGAGCAGCGUCCCCUGCAGGCCACGGCCUGGGAGUGCCUGCGGGAGCUAGAGAGCUGCCAGCCAGGGCUGCUGGGGGGUUGCCUGGGGUUUCUGCGUGGCCUGCUGGGCCUGGAGGGCCCAGUGCAGCCACUCAGCCUGCUGCUCGCCCUUGCCCUACGCAAUGGCUUGGUGAUCCGGGCCAGGGCUGGGGCCGGCCUCGGGGGCCUACUCACAGACAGCCACUUCCCCACCGGAGGUGGGCCCCGCCCCUGGGACUGGACACUAGCCGAAGAAGGAGAUGGCCGCUUACAGCCCCAGGCGCCCAGCUGUCCAGCAGCUGAGGAGGGGGGCCGUGGCCUUGCAGCACUGGAAACCAGCCCUGAGGAGGUCCGGGAACUGCGAGCCACCGUGGCCCAGCUCCUGGACGUCUGCUACCUGCUCACUCCUGUGGCCCAGGCCCAGCUCCUGUGGCUACUGGGCUGGGGCCUUCAGGGCCUUCGUGGCCAGCCACCAGCACUCUUCAAGCCGCAGCUGGUACGGCUGCUGGGCACCGGCCAGCUUGCCCUGCUGCACGCCAUCCUAGCGCUCAAGGCAGCCUUUGGAGAGGCCCUGUUCACUGCCCAGGAUGAGGCCCUACUGCUCCACCGGCUCACCGCAGCUGCCCAGCACCCAGCCCUGCCCGCACCCACCCACCUCUUCUACCUGCACUGCCUCCUGAACUUCCCAGAGAACUGGCCCCUGGGCCCCUCUGGUGAGGAGGGCCCUCCAUUGCUGCUGGGGGUCCAGCUGUGCCAGGGGCUUCUGCCCAGCCUCCUGCAGGAGCCGAUGACCCUCCUGGCCCACCUGCACCUGCUGUGCCUGCUCUGUGCGGAGGACGGAGAAGAGGAGAGCAAAGGCCGGGUGCAAAGCCUGCGGUGCUACCUGGAGAAGGUGCUGGCUGGCUUGCGGCAGAGGGCCUCCCUGGCUGCAGGGCCCCGGGCCUCAGCCACGCUCUGCUUCCGGGCCUCCUACCUGGUUGCUAGUUGCCUGGCGGGGCAGCCCACAGUGCUGACUUCUCUGACUCAGGGGCUGGCCCAGCUGUACCAGUGCCGGCCGGCGCUGGCCCCCCAUUUUGUGGAUCUCUUGAAUUCAGUGGGCCCUGAGCUCAGGGAGCCCCUCAGGGUGGCUCUGCGUCAGGAGGUGGUGCUGGGGACGGGCAGCGAUGGGGCCUUGCGAUGGCACCUGCAGAUGCUGGCCAAGGUGGCGGGCCGGGAUGGCCAGAGUACCACACUUCGUUUCCUGCAGGAGGCGGCUGCCCACUGCUCUGACUGGGCCCUCCAGCAAGCACUGUUGCAGGUCUGCCGGAGCCUGCUUCGGGACGGGGUGGCCGGGGGCUUGGCGGACUUGCUUCAGAUGCUGGCUAGUCAGCUUGAGGACCCUGAUGGUCAGGACCGUGCCCGCCUCUACUACCUCCUCCUGGCCCACCUUUCAGAGACCAAGCUGGCCAUGGCCCUGGGUCCCUCGCUCGCCGCCCCCGCGCUGGCCUCCUCUCUGGUGGCCGAGAACCAGGGCUUUGCAGCCGCACUGACAGUGCAGGAGGCCCCCGCCGCCCUUCGUCUGAGCGUGGGGCCCCGGCGGCUGGAGGGCCCUAGCCCUGUGCUGCAGCUGCUCCUGGAGCCGCUGCAGCCCCUCUACUCCCUGGAGCUGCGCUUCCGCGUGGAGGGCCAGCUCUACAGGCCCCUGGAGGCCGUGCACGUACCCUGCCUGCACCCCGGCCGCCCUGCCCGCCCUCUGCUCCUGCCGCUGCAGCCCCGACGCCCCGCCCCGACGCGCCUGUGCGUUAGCGCCGUCUACACCACGCCCACCGGGCGCACCUGCCACGCCCACCUGCCGCCCCUGCCGGUCAAGUUUGAGGACCUCUUUCUUCCUUUCCCAUCGCCCCUCGAGGGCACGGGCUCCAGCUUCUUUGAGGAGCUCUGGGCCUCCUGCUUGCCCAAAGGCACCGAGAGUCGGGUGUGGUGCCCGCUGGGGCCUGAGGGGCUGGAGGCCCUGGUGUCCCGCCGCUUGGGACCCUUUGUGGUGGUCGCCCAGCCCCCUGACAGCUACUGUGUCGCCAUCCACCUGCCCCCAGCCUCCAGACUGCUACUGCGGCUGGGGGCGGCACAGGAGGAUGGAGUGUCGGUGGCACUGCUGACCGACGACUGGACUGUGCUGCCCCUUGUGGGGGAUUAUCUCCGGGGUCUCUCGGAGGCUGCCUGAGCCUGGGUGCAGGCACAAGGCUGGGGGCUUGCCCUGGAGAGGCGGCUUAGGGCCCGCCAGGCCUUACUCCUGUGAUCGCUUUUAUAAAACUCUUGUUGGCCCCCACGCCUCCCCUGCCUCGUGUGCUCAUGGGGAGGGUCUGGGGGACUCACAGGCCCUCGGAAAAACUUCCAGAAUAAGAACCCUUAUUCUGGUAGGACACCCCCACCCAGAAAGCCUACCAUCACUCACUGCCAUCGAUUGGAUUCUGACUCACAGCAACCCUGUGUAGUAGGGUCUCCAAGACUUUGUAAGGGUUUGAACCGCCAGCCUUGACAGCAGCAAUUCAGCACUUCCCCAGACAGACUUCAUCUCCACUGGCAGAGAACCGAAGGAGGGGACUUUCUACUCCAGUAAAGAGUUACAGUCUCAGAAUGCCCACAGGGACAGUUCUACGCUGUCCUAUAGAGUCACUAGGAGUCGGCAUAAAUAAGCCAGGCAUUUAGGAUUCAGUUUAUUGAGGCCAGUUCUGCUGCCAGAUCCUGAGCCGGCAGUUACUACACAGGUUGCUUCAUUGAAUCCUUUCAGCGUCCUGUGACGGCCCUGCAGAUGGAGCAAGGUAUAGGUCAGAGAUUAGCCACUUCCCUGGAGUCACCAAGCUGGUUGGUGAUAAUGUUUUGUCAUCCUGUUGCAGUUUCCAUGCUGUCUGCUUUAGAGCAACCCUGCGGGGGGCACAACGUCCCCAACCCGCCGCCUGAGCCAGCCCCAGGAUUCGAGGAAGCUGUAGGUUGCAUUGCACCGUGGGAGACUGGCCAGGGGCUGGACUUUACUGUUUGGGGAAAGGCCCCUCUGCCAUCCCUACCUUUAUGGCUUCCAGCUCUCUGGUUCCUAGCAGCCAAGCUUGCCUUUCCCCCAAGUGGGGACAAGGAAAGGUGGCCUGGGACAAGCAGGAGCUAUUACAGGUAGGGGUCAGGAGACCGGUCCCAAGUUCGACCUUUGCCUGUAUUGCUCAAUGACCUUGAGUAGGUUAUUGCCAAAUCAGAAAGGGCUUGGCUCGAAGAAAACAAUUUUUCUCCAGCUCUUUUCCCCAGGAAAGGACCGGAGACAGAAUCAAGGGCUUACAAAGGCACUGGAAGGCAUGAAGAGAUGUCCCCAGAGUUGUUGACUUCCAGAACAUACUGCCAUGUCUGUCCUCACAGCUCCCAGAAGCUGAGACUGGACACUGGAACACAGGCUGGGGCAGCCACCGCUGCCUCUUGAUACCUGCAAAGCCAGGGACCCGGGGCAGCCCACCUCCUCCACUGCUGGCCCGUAUUUCCCGUUGUUCUGAGUCCAGCUAAGGAAUGGGAUCUAUUUCUCGUGCAGGACUCUGGUAGCAAGGGAGUCCAGCAUACGUGCUUGUUUUCAACGAUUGAGGCAGAAGGAGAUGUUAGUCAUUAGGCUAUGAUUAAACUAACCGGUUCCUGUGGUGACUAACCAGCCACCCCUUUGCCCAUCAACCCACCUAUUCAAGCAUCCAUCCCAGGUUAUCUGUCUCCUGUUCUGUAGGUGGCCUUCAAGUCAUCUUGCCCUGAAUAUGUUGCGGUGUAAUUACUUUUCUGAGGGCAGACCAGGAGCAGAAUUGCUGAGUCAUAGGGCAUGGCUAUGCAUAAUUUGAUUAAAUAAUGUCAGAGUCAAUAAAGAUUUUUGCUCUGUAUCCACUCAGCAUGCCUGGAAAGGCAUACAAAGAGGUGAGGUGAAGUCUGUCAAUCCAUCAUGCCCACCACAGUCUACCCCUUUGCCUCCUCAAUAUGCAUACACACCUGCUGUAGGGCAGUGAGUUUUUCUUUUUAUGUGACUCUUCUGGCCUUGGUCUUUGAGCUCCCACAGACUGAUUGGGUGAUAUAUGCAAAUAAGGCUUAAAAUUCCCAGGAUUGGCUGGGAUAUGCAAAUAAGUUACCUGCAACCCACCAAGGGGAUUGAUCAGGUUUGCCAUGCUGCUGGGCUUAACAAGAGCUCAUCUCAGAGAAAAAAGGGACAGGCGUGGACCCCUUUGGACCUGGGGUCCCUGUGCCGAGAACCUCCCAGACCCAGGAGAUGGAGAGCUGUAAAUCGGAGCCAUGGCAUUUGGAGGUGUCUGCAGCAGCUUGGGGUCAGCAGAUGGCUACAGAGCCAGAGCUUGUCUUUGAGCAGAGACUUCUUGGCAGAGUGGGGUGCCUCUGGGUACUUACCAGUGAGUUGAAACAUUGUAACACUUGCCCGAGUGGGACAGAGGCCAAGCUGGGACAUGGACCAAUGGCAGGAGCCUGCCUGCAGGCACAGCCUGGAAGAAGCUGUUAAGAUCAAAUAACUGUAUCCUGAGUUGUUCCUGCAACUUCAAGCGGAUCUCGAAUUGUAGUCUGUUACUUCCCGAACAAGCUCCUAAUUGUGCGCGUGGUCUGUGAGCUCUGUGUGGCCAUUGAACCCACCAGAGAAGCAGAGACUCAUGGGAGGGAGGGACGGUGUGAGAGCUGGUUGGAAAAAAAAAAAAAGAUUGGAGGAGGUGGGUCUGGUUUCCAUCCUACAGCAAUCGAUCAGCCUUUGUCUGAUGCCGAGUCUCCGCCCCAAUCAGGAAGUACAGGGACCGCUGAUGGCCCCAUCUGACAUUUUCUCAGACUUAAACUUCCUACGAUGUUAACUUCACAGCGUAGUCUUGCUGGACUCUUGCCUUACACCAACAAUUCUUCCCUGUAGCAAACUCUUCAUGAAGGUAUGCACGCUCUAGCAAACGUGGUGAAGAAGCUAGAUGGUGUCUGGCUCUCGGAAGGAUUCCCAGCUGGCGUCUUAAGGCUUGUUGUCAACCCGGCAGCCAGCGAGGCGGCUAGGUCCACAUGGAAGAAGCGUACCGGCCUCUGUGAUCCAAAGAUGAUGAUCACAAAAUCCAAAUAUGAGCGAGGGAGACGAUCAGAGCUUAAAUUGAGUCGAAAGCCCUAGCGGUGGGUUUCGAAUUGCUGUCUUUGCGGUUAGCAGCCCACCUUGCAACCACUACUCCAGCCGGACUCACUCACAUUCCAUCCAUCUUUUCCCUCCAUGACGGACCUUCCAAAUACUUCCCAAUGACUACUCUCUGCUUCCAGAAACACGGAUCCUCUCCCGCGUCCCCUUGGGGUUAGCUCUGGUCAGGAGAGGCGCUCGGGUUCCUGGAACGUAAAGGUCAGUUCUGAGAUAAAAUGCUUCCUGGUCACCGCUUAGCUGUCUGUCACGGCCGCUGUGAGGGCACAGGCUGAUACGGAGGCGGUGUGAGGCCAUAUGUGAUACUCCCACUCCGAUCAACAGAAUACUUCGAGGGACACGCUGUCUUGUCCACAACAUGCACUUUACAGGAGACACGGGAAGGAGGUGCUCCCUGUCAUUGAGUGGAUGUCGACUCAUAACGACCCUAUAGGACAGGGUAGAACUGGCCCUGUGCGUUUCUAAGAC